AUGUCUAUGACAUCAAAGGAAAACGCUUUCCGUACCGAAUCACACGAGAAGCGAAGUGAAUCAAAAGGAAAAGGGACUAUACCAGCCAAACAGAGCAGGGCAAGCUCGAGGAAUUGCUCGGUGGAGGGCGCGUCUACCAACGACGCCACUGUAGGAGCUGGUCAUACCGCCGCCACCGCUGUAGUGGAUCAUCUCAGCAAGGCGAGGAUCGAUCUGUUUCUUGGCCUCCAAAAGAACGGUGACCAAAUAACAAGCCUGCUUGGAGUCUGCCGGGAGGCGAUGAUCAGGUAA